AUUAGCAUUCAUUUUAAACUUUUUGCGUGAGUCCCCAUGACCCUGACUUAUGCGAGUCUCAGCGUUAGUCGGACUCGCGGACUCACGUCGGAUUUUAAGCCAUGAAACCCCACUGUACUGCUUCAAGGGAUGCAAUUUCACCAUGUUUGUGAGGACUCCAUAUAGUUGGGAGCAGUACUCAACUAUCGGUAACACCAAUGACUUUCAGAGUUUUAUCAUAACAGUUGGUUGGCGUGUUUGGAAAGUCGAAGAAUCCAUAAAGAUUGAAAUCUUGCAGAAGUGGUUACUUAUCUGAUGUGGCUAUUAAAUGUGGCAUCAUUAGAUAGAAAAACACCAAGAUCUUGAUGGUAGACUUUUCUUCAAUUUGAGAUCCACUUGAAGCAAGAUUGGUGAGGAAUAUUAUAUACCAUAAAAAUGUCAAGUAUCAUUAGUGAAAGUAUGUUGCUUGGUGAAGUUAAUAAUAAUGGACUGAACAUUGACCCUAUCUUCAAGUGUAUAAUUGAAGAGAACUGGAAAGACUUUUUAAUCAUGGAUGAUGUACAAAGCAUAAUAGAUGUGAUUUUAUCAGAAGCAAAACAAAACUCAGAUUUUUCUCAAAAACUUUUAACUUAUAUAAAACAGAAUAUAGAGGACACAUUUCAAAGCCAUAGUACUAUUGCCCUGUUUGGUAUCAUGUGUUUAAAGGUGUUCAUUCAGGCAAAUUGGACUGGUCCUGAAGUAAAUAUUGAUGAUCUUGGAUUGCUAGGUGAUAUAAUAGCAUCAAAGGAUUUUAACUCACGUUCGUUAAAAUUGCUCGAAUCAUAUGGUGAAGACGUUUAUCAGUUAGUUUCAUAUCCUACUCUUCUUGUGAUUGCAAAAGCAAUUUUACAUGAAUGCCAUUCAAUGCUAAAUCUGUUUGUGACAACUCCUCUUUGGUCUGUAAAAUGCGCUGCAACAUAUUUCACUAUACUUGAAGAAACUACUGGCAACCAUUUUGAAAUGUUUAAAGAUAUUUUAAAAAAGGUUAAAUAUGAUGAAACUGGAUUUUUAAAUUUGCCAAUAGAAUUGCAAGCAGAAUUUUACCUGGACUGUUCACAUGUGUACUUGCGUUUCUAUGAAUACAAUGAAGUAGAGAAAUGUCAUAAAAAGGUCAAACAAUUGUUAAAAAUAGAAGUAUCAUUAACAGCGGCACUUGGUAAAAGAACCAAGUUUCAGGAGAAGAAUCUGCCACAAAUGAAAUUAGAUGUUGUUUUAAAUGAGGAACGAGCUCCAACGAAGACAAAUGCAGAGAUCACGAAAGACUUGCCCACAGACAUCACAUUAGACAAUGAUACGUUGCUUCCAGAAAUUCGAUUUAUUGAUGCUGCGAGCAUGAAAAAUCCGGAACUAACGUCGCUUGAUCAAGCUUAUGCAAUAUCUUCAUGUAUCUUCCUGCAGAAGACAAGACCACGCGAUAAACUAUCGCAUGAAGAAGUCCUGCCGUUUGUGGAGAACGUGUUGAAAUCGCCACAGUGUUGGUCUAUUCAAUACAAAAGCUUGUUUUUACGAUGCGUGACAGAAUUUUCAAAUUCGCGGAAAGCUGAAAGAGCUUUGUUGCAGUUCGAAAGUUUAAGAGAUAACAUUACAAAACAAACACCCAAGGCCAGUCAAAGGUGUGUACUUCUUCAAAGUGUCAACCUGGAACCCUCGUGGGCGUGUGAGAGAGUUCACGCCCAACUUCUUUUCUCCAUUGGUCUCACAGACAGUGCGUUGGAGAUUUUUCUGCGAUUGCAUUUAUGGGACGACGUUAUCGCGUGUUAUCAACGACUUGGAAAACAUGGAAAGGCUGAAGCUGUUAUUCGCGAAGAAUUGACGAAACGCGAGUCUGCAACCUUAUGGAAUCUACUAGGCGAUGCAACAUUGGACAAGCAAUAUUACGAGAAAGCAUGGGAGGUCUCCAAAUAUCGCAAUGCUAGAUCUCAGAGGUCGAUUGGUUUGCAUCACUUGCGAAAGCGAGAGUUUAACGAAGCGAUUCCAUACUUUGAAAAAUCUUUGGAACUCAACUAUUUGCAACCAUCUAUUGCAUUUUCGCUUGGUUGCGCAUGUAUGACGACCAAUAAACUUGGACCUGCUGCGAAAGCAUUCCAACAUUGCGUAUCUCUAGAUUGUGACAACCACGAAGCUUGGAACAAUCUGGCGUCUAGUUUCAUCAGACUAAACAGACUUCCAAAAGCAUACAAAGCCUUGCAAGAAGCGACUCGUUUGUCAUAUGACAACUGGAAAAUAUGGGAAAAUUUCCUCCUAGUUUGUACCGAUAUCGGUGCAUUUGACGAAACAAUACAUUGCUGUUACCGAUUGGUUGAUUUAGAUCGAAAGGAGAUUGAUAUCGAGGUGCUUCAUAUAAUAGUGAAAGCCGUUCUGGAUGACGAAAAAGACAUGAAGAAUAUACCAGCCGGGAGGUUAAAACCAAAACUUUACAAAAUGUUUGCACAUGUAACAUCCAAGAUAACGAAUUCUCCAGCAGUCUGGGAGUUGUACGCCAAGUUGCAUUUAAGCGAAAACGAAGCCACGCACAAAGAGAAGGCAUUACAGUAUUUGUAUAAAUCGCACCGCUGUUUUACUCAAAACACAGAGUGGGAGAAAUGUGAAAAACGACUACCAGCUGUCAAGAGAGUUACUCACUUGUUGAUGGACGUGACUAAAGAUGUCUGUUCUCAAGCAGAAUUCGAAACAAGAGCUGUUUCACUUUAUUCGACAACAAAAAUGGCCGUUACGAAUUUGAUUCUACGACUUGAGAAAGCCUACGCAAGCGUAGACAACGAACCACUACCUUCUGUACUGCCAAUCAUAGAAGAGUUAAAGAGUCACGUGAACGAACUUCAGACUCUUCUUACGUCAUCACAAUAACCACAUAGACUCUCCCUUCGUGUACUAUGCUAUAAAAUAAAUGCAAUGGUGUAAAAGGAAAUAUAUACAUUACUAGCAA